UUUUCGAUCACACGCAGCGUACUCACCGCUUUCGUCCUUACCAUGACCAUCUCCGAUGUACCAUUAGAAUUCGAUACGGCACCUUCAAUAAUGAAUGACCCACCGCCACCAUACCCUUCCCAUCCAAGAAGAAUGCGAGGCUCCAAUCGUUCGCGGCGCAGCAACCAUCUUCAGCUAUCGUCGACUGAAUCCGCUGCGCCGUCACCGGAGCUGCCCAACGAAACCACGCCUUUUCUGACACGGCCCCGCUCGUUGUCGCACGGCAGCCUUCUAUCAUCCAUUUCAGCGUCGCCUUCGUUGGGCCAGACGAUGGUCACGAUGUUCGACGACUCGGAGCACGACCAGCAUAGUCAGAAUGACGGAUGCGCUCUGCCGCAGACGCCGUGGUCCUACUUUCGUCCGCUGAGAAAAAAGGCCUAUUAUAUGUCGCUAUUCCAUUUAGCUGUCAUCAACUUUCCCUACGCUCUGUUGACAUGGGUCUUCCUGUUUGUGUUUACGUUACUCGGAACAACUCUCCUCGUGGCAUUGCCAUUGGGACUUUUGCUAUGUUUUAUCGAUCUGCUAGUAGCCCGGAUCCUAGCUCGAGGAGAGCUAUACCUUCAAACUAAAUUUCAUUUCCCUCAAACUUCGCUCCGCCGUAAACCAGUCAUAUUUACGCGGCAGCGCUCACCUUCUCGAGAGGACCUCGAAUCCACACCUCUUGCUACGAGCAUCUUGCUCGACGAGACUUCCUUUUACAAAAACACAUAUGCAAUGUUUACGGAUCCCACAUCUUACCACUCAUUAUUCUACUUCCUCGUCAUUAAGCCGCCUAUCACCCUGCUUUUUUCGCUAUUCGUCGUUAUCAUUGCCCUUCCUUCUUUAAUUCUCGUUAUACCUGCUCCUGCUGCCUUGCGCAUCGUUAGGAGAAUGGGCAUGUGGCAGGCCGCAGUCGCCUUGGAAGGCUUAGCCGGAGAGGCUUGAUCUCCCUGUUUCUGUAUUACUAACCGCGGACGCUUCGGUACUCCAUAAUAUACGUAGUUUCCUUUCUCCUAUGACUGAUUAGAAUGUCUCUUCGUUUCAAUGGUAAUUUGACACUCAAUUUGUACCCACCAUGAUCACUGACAGCGGAUACAGGUCCAUUUAAUGGCAUAGACAAAAAAUUGGCGCAACUGAUGACUCGUACUUCAGACCUACGUGAUCUCAUUGAAUUAUUCUUGUUUCCAUCAGUUUUGAUAGCUAUGUUUUGGGAUGCUUCUAAAACCGCUUGUGUUCUGAUAACUACAUCUGUCCGUUAGCGAUGACGGGACACCCCA